AUGGAUAGUGCUGUGGGAACAUGCACGCAUAGUGCAGGAAAAAUAUACCACCACAACAUCGCAAGAUUUAACUUUACUACAUACAACAUUCGAAGGGCGCAAGACAUUAUAAAUCCACGGACGCCUCAUUGCAAUAUUAUGAUACUCAAGUGCCAUGAUGAUCACAAUGAUGGUCUCUGUAACAACUACUGUUAUUCCAAAGUCCUCGGCAUACAUCAUGUCAAUACACGCACUUUAGGCCGCGUUUGUCUCAUGCCUUUGUCAAAUCAUAAUGAAUUGGGCUUUGUGAACCCAGCAGUUGUUCUUAGGGCAUGCCAUAUCAUACCAGCCUUCUCUCGAGGGCAACACAAUCCCAACGAAUGUGGGAUCUCUCCUCUUGCAGGAGAUAAAAAUGACUGGUAUGAGUACUACGUCAACAGGUGA